AUGAGAGAAGUUAUAUGUAUUCAUGUUGGAUAGGCUGGAGUUUAAGUAGGAGCAGCUUGCUGGGAGCUAUUCUGUCUUGAACAUGGUAUCAAUCCAAGUGGAUUACUGCCAGAUGAAAAUACACAUUUGAACAGCGAUGAUUCAUUUUAAACAUUUUUCCAAGAGACUGGAGCUGGCAAAUAUGUUCCUAGAGCCAUUUAGAUUGAUUUAGAACCAACAUGCAUUGAUGAAAUCAGAACUGGAACAUAUAAAGAGCUAUUUCAUCCAGAAAAUUUAAUAAGCGGCAAAGAAGAUGCUGCAAAUAAUUUUGCAAGAGGAAAAUACACUAUUGGAAAGGAAGUUCUAGAUUUGCUUCUAGAUAGAAUAAGAAAAGCUGCAGAUUAAUGUAAUGGAAUGCAAGGAUUUCUUGUAUUUCAUUCAUUCAGUGGUGGAACUGGAUCAGGACUAGCUGCAGCUAUGCUAGAAAGACUGACUGUGGAUUAUCCAAAAAAGACAAAAAUUGAAUUUGCAGUUUAUCCCUCAACAUAAUUGUCAUCAGUUGUAGUUGAACCCUAUAACUCUGUAUUUUGUACUCAUACUAUGCUUGAAAACUCAGAAGUAGCAUUUAUGGUUGAUAAUCAAGCAAUGUAUGAUAUUUGUCUUCGAAAUAUGGACAUUGAGAAGCCAAAGUUCACAAAUCUAAAUAGAAUGAUUGCCCAAGCUAUAUCAAGUGUUACAGCAAGUUUAAGAUUUGAAGGAAGUCUUAAUUGUGACUUGACUGAAUUUCAGACUAACUUGGUGCCAUAUCCAAGAAUUCACUUUCCCAUCUGCUCAUAUGCACCUUUCAUGUCUAGUGAGAAAGCUUAUCACGAGACUUUCACCACCUAUGAGUUGACAUCUGCAGUCUUUGAGCCAGGAAAUAUGAUGGUAGCUGCUUCUCCAACUUCAGGCAAAUAUAUGGCAUGUUGCCUCUUAUACAGAGGUGAUGUUGUUCCAAAGGAUGUUAAUGCAGCAGUUGCAACUAUCAAAUCUAAGCAAACUAUCAACUUCGUUAAGUGGUGUCCAACAGGUUUUAAGGUUGGUAUCAAUCAUUCCCCAGCUACAGCUGUUCCUGGUGGAGAUGCAGCUAAAACCCUAAGAUCACUUUGCAUGAUGACCAAUUCCACAGCAGUCGGAGGAAUUAUCUCUAGAAUGAGUCAUAAAUUUGACUUAAUGUUUAAAAAAAGAGCCUUUGUCCAUUGGUUUGUAGGUGAAGGAAUGGAGGAAGGAGAAUUCGCUGAGGCAAGAGAAGAUCUUGCUGCUCUCGAAAAAGAUUAUAUUGAAGUAGGAUUGGAUGAUGUUGCUAAUGAAAAUGAAGGAUUGGAGUGA